GCUCCCGGGAAAGGGUCCAUUCCUCGGGGAGAGAGGGCUGAGUUUUGUGCGCCUCCGUCCGCUGCGCGCGCCGCUCCAGGCCCCGCCGCGCCCCGCCUGCGCCCGGGACUGCGCCGCGGCUCUCACUGCCCCGUUUAUUUGUCUUUGGAGCAGGCGGGCCGCGCCAGAAGCGGACGAUCCCGCAGUGUCCUGCAGCCGCGGACGCCGCCCGGCUAGGAUGACACCACGUUGAGCGCGCCUGCAAACAACAACAACAACAGCAGCGCCUGGCCGCGCGUCCUGCUUCUCCUGCUUCUCCUGCCUCUCCGGAGCGCCGCCACCGCCGGUGCAGCCGCCGGUGCAGCCGCCCCCGCGCCCCCGGCCGUCCGGAGCGCACGGCCGCCGGUGUAUGUCGCGCCUGCCCGGGACGGGCUGAAGCCGGCGGCGGGCCGGACCGCAGGCGCCGAGCCCCGAGCGCCGCUGCUCGCGGAAGCGCUUUCGGCCGGGAGCGGCGGCCGCCGCCAGCAGUUUUCAUGUUCGGGAUCCAGGAGAACAUUCCGCGCGGGGGGACGACCAUGAAGGAGGAGCCGCUGGGCAGCGGCAUGAACCCGGUGCGCUCGUGGAUGCACACGGCGGGGGUGGUGGACGCCAACACGGCUGCCCAGAGCGGCGUGGGGCUGGCGCGGGCGCACUUCGAGAAGCAGCCGCCCUCCAACCUCCGGAAAUCCAAUUUCUUCCACUUCGUGCUGGCGCUCUACGACAGGCAGGGGCAGCCGGUGGAGAUCGAAAGGACCGCUUUUGUGGACUUUGUGGAGAAAGAGAAAGAGCCCAACAACGAGAAGACCAACAACGGCAUUCACUACAAGCUCCAGCUGCUGUACAGCAACGGAGUCAGGACGGAGCAGGAUCUGUAUGUGCGCCUCAUAGAUUCAAUGACCAAACAGGCCAUCGUCUACGAGGGCCAGGACAAGAACCCGGAGAUGUGCCGCGUGCUGCUGACCCACGAGAUCAUGUGCAGCCGGUGCUGUGACAAGAAAAGCUGUGGCAACAGAAACGAGACACCCUCAGACCCUGUAAUCAUUGACAGAUUCUUUCUAAAGUUUUUCCUCAAGUGCAAUCAGAACUGUUUGAAGAAUGCGGGCAACCCUCGAGACAUGCGGAGAUUCCAGGUCGUGGUGUCCACCACGGUCAACGUGGACGGCCACGUGCUGGCCGUGUCCGACAACAUGUUCGUGCACAACAACUCCAAACACGGGCGGCGGGCGCGCCGCCUCGACCCGUCAGAAGGUACGGCCCCUUCUUAUCUGGAGAAUGCCACUCCCUGCAUCAAGGCCAUCAGCCCCAGCGAAGGCUGGACCACGGGGGGCGCCACGGUGAUCAUCAUCGGCGACAACUUCUUCGACGGCCUCCAGGUGGUGUUCGGGACGAUGCUGGUGUGGAGCGAGCUGAUAACGCCCCACGCCAUCCGCGUCCAGACCCCGCCGAGGCACAUUCCUGGCGUCGUGGAGGUCACCCUGUCCUACAAGUCCAAGCAGUUCUGUAAAGGUGCUCCUGGGAGGUUCGUCUACACCGCCCUCAACGAGCCGACCAUAGAUUACGGUUUUCAGAGGUUGCAGAAGGUGAUCCCGAGACAUCCGGGCGACCCCGAAAGGUUACCCAAGGAAGUUUUGCUCAAGAGGGCGGCCGACCUCGUGGAAGCUUUAUACGGGAUGCCGCAUAACAACCAGGAGAUCAUCCUGAAGCGGGCGGCUGAUAUCGCAGAGGCGUUGUACAGCGUCCCUCGCAAUCACAACCAGAUCCCCACGCUGGGCAACACCCCCGCGCACACGGGCAUGAUGGGCGUGAACUCCUUCAGCAGCCAGCUCGCUGUGAACGUGUCGGAGACGUCGCAAGCCAAUGACCAAGUCGGCUACAGUCGCAAUACGAGCAGCGUGUCCCCGCGAGGCUACGUGCCCAGCAGUACCCCCCAGCAGUCCAAUUACAACACAGUCAGCACUAGCAUGAAUGGAUAUGGAAGUGGCGCCAUGGCCAAUCUAGGGGUCCCUGGCUCGCCUGGAUUUCUUAAUGGCUCCUCCGCUAACUCUCCCUAUGGCAUAGUGCCGUCCAGCCCCACCAUGGCAGCCUCUUCGGUCACCCUCCCUUCAAACUGUAGCGGUGCGCACGGCAUUUUCUCAUUCUCACCUGCCAAUGUCAUCUCUGCAGUGAAACAAAAGAGCGCCUUUGCGCCCGUGGUCCGGCCCCAAGCUUCUCCUCCUCCCUCCUGCACCAGCGCCAACGGGAACGGACUCCAAGGCUCUCUGCUGAGUGCUGAGGACGCUACCGUGGAGAAGACAAACUGGCCCUUUUGUGAAGUCGGUGGCAUAUUUCACUUUGAUGAACUAAUGCUCAAAAAAGGAACUGGAAAGCUAUGUCUGGGCUGGUAGUCCCGCCGAUGUGAGGGGCCUUUGUUUCCCUUCCGCAGCACCCAGCGUCCGAGGACCGACUUCAGGGGACGCAUUUCGCGUACUGAGACACGCUGGUGGAGGCGGCGUCUUCAAAUACGUCGGCAGCGGUCGGAAUGCGACAAGAGACUCUGUUUAAAGAUUUUAUUUAAACUGUUAAGAACCGACAUGCAAACAGCCUACUUCCUCAUGAACGAUUCCAUUUUACUGACCGAACUUUUCUCACAUUUCCCCAUUUCUCAGUCCUGCAAAACGAGGACAGCAAAGCGACGCCUAUUUUGUAUCGAGUUUCUGACCCCGUCUUGGCCCCGUCUAGUACUUGCUAUGUGUUGGGAGAAGCUUUGUGAAUGCACCGUUUUGGUUACCAUGAGACACUGAGGAGAACGCCUCCAGACAUUUCCCGUACCCAUCCUUAGAUUCACAAUGGUUGUGUAUCUCUAUAAUGUGAAAUAUUUUUUUGUGGUGAACAAGGGGGCCAAGGAGGUAUGAGCCAUCGACCUGGAAGAGAGGACGACGACAUGAUUAGAG